AUGCGGCCAAUUCAAUUAAAAUUCCAGAUUAUAAGUCGAAAGGGAGUCGAUGCUGAUUUUUGCCCGAGCCAGGCUCAUUGUUCGGACACCUGCGAGUAUGCACAGCGAGGAAUGGAGAUGAAACAAAAGAUCUCUGUGAGUCUGCUCUCCGUCAUCGUAACUUUCUGUGGCAUCGUGCUGCUCUCUGUCUCUCUCUUCGUCUCCUGGAAGCUAUGCUGGUUGCCUUGGAGAGAUAAGGAAGGCGGGGGUCUGAGCUUGACGUCGGGUCUCCUGCCCGGUGGUGCGGGUUUGGGUGGGGUCGGAGGCGGAGGGGGUGCCUCGCUCCUUCCUCCCCUUUUACAGAGGAAAGAUACUCACUCUUCUUCCUCGUUGUAUCCCACGCUGUCACAGCAGGGUCAGCAUCACCCCCAUUUCUCCGACGUGAUGGGGGUCGAGGGUGGAGGGGGGCUGGUGGUAGGGGGUGUGGUUGGGGGUCCGCAGGAGAUGCAGGAGCACUCCUACCUGGACAUGGACUCUUAUCCCAACAAUGCUGCAACUCUUAAGUUAAGCCAGACAUCGCCCGAGUUGCCCCCGGCAACAGAAGGAGGCUCAGCUGCGAAAGACCUGCCCAAUGCCCACUCCCAGCAGCAGGUCACCACCAGGCCAAAGCCCAUGACUCACCAGCUCUCCAGCCCUGAUUUCCAUGGUGAGGAGAAGAGCGAGCAGUUGACCAGCAUUGGGCAGAUCAAGCCAGAACUUUACCGCCUGCGCCAAGGAGACCAGGGGGACGGCAAACAAGGCAACAACUGUGGCAAAAUCAGCUUCCUCUUGCGAUACGCCUUCAACACGGAGCAGCUGGUGGUUAAGAUCCUGAAAGCCCUGGACCUCCCGGCGAAGGAUGCCAAUGGUUUCUCCGAUCCCUAUGUCAAGAUCUACUUACUGCCUGAUAGGAAGAAGAAAUUUCAGACCAAGGUGCACAGAAAAACUCUCAACCCGGUCUUUAAUGAGACGUUCCAGUUCGGCGUGCCCCUGGCUGAGCUGCACGCGCGCAAGCUCCACUUCUCCGUCUACGACUUUGACCGCUUUUCCAGACACGACCUCAUAGGUCAAGUGGUAGUGGAUAACCUGCUGGACUUCAGCGAGGGAACUGGGGAGAAGCCUAUUUGGAGAGACAUUGUGGAAGGAACGGCGGAGAAAGCUGACCUGGGAGAGCUGAACUUCUCACUGUGUUACCUGCCAACAGCUGGCCGACUGACCGUCACCAUCAUUAAGGCCACCAAUCUGAAAGCCAUGGACCUGACGGGCUUCUCAGAUCCAUACGUAAAGGCAUCUUUGGUUUGUGAAGGUCGAAGGCUGAAAAAGAGAAAGACAUCCAUAAAGAAGAAUACCCUCAAUCCCACGUAUAACGAGGCUCUGGUCUUUGAUAUUCCCAACGAGAACAUUGAGAGUGUGUCGCUCAUCAUAGCCGUCAUGGACUACGACUGUAUCGGUCAUAAUGAGGUGAUCGGGAUGUGCCGUAUGGGCAGUGAUGCUGAUGGGCCGGGAAGAGAGCACUGGACAGCCAUGCUGGCGAAUCCCCGCAAGCCUAUUGAACACUGGCACCAGCUGGUGGAGGAAAAAUCCAUAAACACUUAUGUGUCAAAGAGUGCCGCACCCUCCCCCAAGCCAAACAUAGUGGUGGACAGCCCUCACUCUGAGUAGAGAUGUCAGCAUUAUCUUUUUAGCGACGGGAAUACAUUCUUUCUUUUCACCUGUGAAUAAUUGUUCAUCAAGAAAGAAGCAGAGAAGAGAGACUGUGCUUGUGUUAGUGCUAUUCCUCUAAAUCAACCCUGCAGACCCAACACAAUAUAUAGAAAAGAAAACAACAACACCUAGACUAGACCGGACACAAAGCACACACAGAUACACACUCAAACAGACAAAGAACACACACCAGACUCAUAACAAAACAACUGGCAUGGAUGGUUUUGCUUCAGGAAUGAUGUUAAAGUCAAAAUAUGUCAUGAUUUAUUCAGGGGAAAUAUGACAAACAUUCCCACUUUAAAUAGAUAAUCUUUAUUUAGUUAUUUGAAACUGAGCCUACAAAAAAAAGAGAUUUUAAUUACUUAAAAAAGAACAAAAAAAUAAAUAUAUAUAUAUAUAUAAUCAGGAGAGAGACCUGAUAGAUUAUGGACCACGAAUGUUUCUGUGUAUGUGUGAGCGCAUGUGCGUACGUGAGUUUGUACGGGUGUCUGUGUGUAGCUAUAGAAAAUCUUUACAAAGUGUUUUCAGUCGGACAAGUAGCUGCAAGUUCUGGGAGUGCUGUAUCCUUGUUUCCUGUUUCUCUGGAGAGGAGGACUACUUUAUGACCGUUCCCAUCUGGAGGAGGAGAAAUAAGCACGGAUACGUUGGCCAAAUCAUGUCACGCAGCAUUGAAAUGUGUCCCUCUGCCUUCUACAUUUUUAUCACCUUCUGCUCGGAGCUCUUGGAGAUCGGCAGCGUUUUCUUUUAUUUGCGUUUGUUUACUAGAGUCCAGUCAUUCUUCUUGUUCUACCAGAUACUGAACGAAAGAGUAUGUUUCAUUGACCUGGACACACUGGCAGACUGAAUCCCCUUGAGAACUCUUCCAAUGGGAGCUUUCAUUGAUUUCAAACAUUGCCAGCGGACCCUAACUGGGACUGAGCUUGGAUUUGUGUGCACUUCCUGGAAACAUAUCCAAAGGGGGGAGAGAGAGAGAGAAAAAAAAAAGAUCUGGCCAUAGUAUUUUAUUUUUAUACCACGCCAAGAUUUUUUUUCUCUCAGACAUUUUUAAUUUCAAAAGAGGAAGAGUGUGCUCUCCAUCAUCCUUCUGCCAAGAGGACCACUUCUGAAACACACACACACACACAUUCGUCCACUUUUUCUUUCUAAUUUUUCCUCCCGUGUAUCUGAUGUGUUUGUGGGAGUGCUCUUUUUGUGUCGAUAUGCGUUUGCUCGUUGGUUUGGAUGUGUGCGCGUGUAUGCCUGUAUGUUGGUAUAUGUCACCGUGACCCCGUGUACGUCUCCACUUCCCUCGCCUUUGUCCUGCACAGAGAAAAUCUCAUUUUUUGAACAAUCAAGUGUCUCCUGUCCUGUGUCUUAGAGGAACUAUUUCUUGUGUAGGACCUGUUGCACUUGGUAGGGACAGGGUCUAUUUCUCAGAUGCGCGUUUCGGUCGUUCUCUGUAGAAUGUGGUUGUGACCUGUCUCCGUUGUGUCCCUAACCAGCUCGUCCCUAGCCUGAUCUGUGUUCUCGUGUUGGGUGUGCUUCUCUCACUCUUUUUCCUUUUCUUUUUUUUUGUAAAUGUGCUCUGUAUGUAGGAGGGGACAGACCUGAUGGCCACAGCUAAAAUGUUGGAAGUUUUUUCAUUGUCUUUAAAAGAAAAAGUGGAGAAAAAAAGACAAA